CAGGUUCAUUAUAUUUAUUUUUGGUUUUGGAGUUCCAAUGAGAUUCUACCACGUAGGUGCACCAGCUCCGUCACACGGAGUAAGAUCCAAUAACAAAGCGAUUUCACACAUGAUAAGAAUAGGUUACGAAGUAGAGGAUCUUCAAAAACCUGUAGGUAUAGCGAAAGUACUGUGGAGAGCUCAAACUCCGCCAAUGGGAGCAUCCGUUCUUAGCUCUCAUCGCUUCAAUCACCUGAAAAUCGCAGGUCGACGUGAAAACUCAUAAACAGAUUACAGAUGAAAGAAUCAAGAAGUGUUGAUAUUGAAGGUGGCUGUGUGGCAUGUUAUCCUUGAUUUGAUAAUCAACCAUGUUCUAUCUGCCUUACUUUCAAGAAGAAUGUAGUGAACCCAGAAGGAACCAUCAUUUGCCUAAAUGGACCUUUGCCAUCAAGAGCCAAUAAAUAUUGGUCUAUUCAUUCUUCUGAUCAGGGUAGAAGUGACUAUAUAAAUGUUGAGCAAACUUCUCUCUGGAGUCUCUAAAUCGUGAAGUUGUUCAAUUGAGAUCAACUGAUGGGGCAGAGAUUCCUGGUUCACAAAGCGUUGAUAUCUCUGAGACUUCUUACUACCACCCUAAAAUGCUUAGAAAUAUGUUUCUGAACUUACUUUGUACGUUUAAGUUCUCUAGUUAAUAAUGCAGCAGAGUCAUUCUUUAAACGUGAGAUUCGGUGGAGGUUAUUUGUGAUGGCAGUACUGAUCUUAAUCAGUCGUGUUGGUUAUUUCAUUCCUCUACCUGGGUUUGAUUGCAGGUUGAUACCUCAAGAUUACCUUAGCUUUGUCUCAGGAUCUGUUCCUGAUGAACUGGGUGAUUCCGCAGCGGAGCUCAAAAUGUCCCUUUUUCAGCUUGGAAUCAGUCCUCAGAUAAUAGCAUUGAUAAUUAUGCAGGUGCUCUGUCAUGUUGUUCCACUUUUGUAAAGCUGUGGAAGGAAGGCUUAGAUGCCCAUGAGAAGAUUAAUUAAGAGUUAUAUGUGUGUCUAGUUAGUCAUCUCAAGCAAUGGUGGCUUUAACUUUGCUUUGCAAUAUUGGAAGCAGUGAUAGUUGCUUGUCAUUCUCUUCCAUACUCAAUCCAUGCAGAUUAAGCAUGUGCCGGUGACAAGCCUUUUUUUAGGCCUUGUGGGGCACUGGCUAUUACAUGGAUCUGCGAUACCAUAUCAGAAUCUAGAUUUGGUCAAGGGUUAUCCCUUAUUAUAUGUGUUGGAAUAUUAACUGGCUGCACAGACACACUGCACAAGAUGUUGACUCAGCUAUGGGAUGAUUCUCCCAUUACUGAAGUGGAGCCCUAUAUAUCUUUUAAUAUUAAUCCAUCAGGAAUGCAGCCUGUACUCACCACCACUUAUCGCUUGGCAUUUCCAAGUAUAUUCUUGCAAGUAUACUUGAUUCUCCUUUCUGGAAACAUGUCAAGCAGAUAUUGAGCCCUGAAACUUCUUUUGGUGGCAGAGCCAUGGGUUUACCAUUCAAUAUAUGCAUUUUUUGUCUUCCUAUUCAAUAUCUUUGAUAUUCCAUUGCAGAAUAUGCUUGCGUACCUAAAUGCAAAAAAAAAAAAGAACGAAGAAGAAGAAGAAGAAAAAGAAGCAAACUUGCCACAGGAAAUUGCAGAUUACUUUAAUAAGAUGGGCGCCAGGAUACCUAAUAUAAAGCCUGGGAAGGCUACUGUUGAAUACCUUACAAAGAAUCAGGCAUCAACAUAUUUUUGGGGGGGCCUUCUGCUGCGUGUUUUGGCAACUACUUCCACUGCACUUGAUCAUUACUUACACUGAGGAUUAGCAGUUGGAUUUACAUCAGUCUUAAUUAUCAUAGUAGAAGACUUAAAAAACCUUACAUAAGCAAUGCAAUACAACAAUCAAAAACGAAUUCUCAAGACCAACAGGUUAGUUCAGGAACAGAGAACAAACAAAAACAGGGAGGUACCGAAGCUCACAAUGUUGUAUGCAGGGAGUUGUAGAUGCAAAGGUUGUGAGCAAGACAGCUUUAGGAAUCUUUCUUAAGGAUAAUUGUUUCCGCCUUUCCACAGGAAAUGUUAUCCCCCAAGAUACAAUGCCCACUCAAAGAACACUAAUACCCAAACCAUUACACUGAAACUUGAAGGCAAAGUGUAGGAAUUCAAGGAAGAAAGCAACGAAAAGUUAAAAGUACCAACAAGAAGAAGCACUGUUUAUGGGGUUAUUUUAUUUAUGUAUAAACUCAAAUGGGUGCC